UAAAGGGGAACUAGAUGAGACAAAGUCGGUGAGUUCUUUCUUAAGUGAGUUGUAGCCUAAGCUAUUUCUUGGCCAAAUUUUUUCAAGAAAAAUUGUUCCCCAUUUCCCCAAAAACCUCUUCUUUAACCCCUUUUGUCCCCCUCUUUAUAUUUCUGCUACUGUUUGGAGGACGAUUCAUUUGUUCACUAUUUCCCUAAAUUGGGUUGCAUUGCAAGCCAUUGUGCCUUGUUUGCCUCUUUCCUCAACUGGAGGCAAUGUCGCAAGGCUACGCCAUUGAGCUCUACUUUGAUCCUGCAUUGGAAAACCAGGUCCUGAAGGCUUGGAAUGUAUUGGCUCGGCGCCAGAUUAGCACUCAGCUUAUUGAGAUUGAGUCUAGACCUCACAUUACCCUCUUCUCUAGUCCCUAUAUUGAUCCAUUGAAGCUUGAGAACGUUGUAAAGAGUUUUUCGUCCAAGCAAGAAUCUUUGCCUCUGUCCUUUGGUUCAAUUGGAAGCCUCCCAAAUGGCGACAACGUUCUGUUUCUUGCUCCAACUCCAACUUUGUCUCUCCUUCAGUUCCACUCACAGUUGUUUGAAGCAAUGAAAAAGGAGGGAAUUGAAAUUAGGGAGGAGCAUCGUCCUGAUACAUGGAUUCCUUAUUGCCCUGUAGCUGAAGAAGUUCCUAAAACACGUAUGGGCGAGGCAUUCACUGUUUUGAGGGAUCUGAAAUUACCUGUUGCUGGAUAUGCUAUGGAGAUUGCACUUGUCGAGUAUCCUCCAGUACGUGAAGUGUUUUCUUUUGUGCUUGGUAAUACAGUUGAACCAUGAGGCUUUAGACAUGUAAUUCUGUUGAUUUUAGCUUAGGUUUGUAUCUUUCGUUUCCUAUAUAGUUGCUUUUUAGAAACUAAUAUAGAUGGUUAAGAGUGCUAUGACAGUUGCUAAAUAAUCAUUUGCUUUGCUGAAAUAUUAGUGAUUCUAGUUCUUUUCUUUUGUACUUGCAAAUGAGAUUUUGAUCUCUUAUGUUAGUAUUUGUGAUAACAAGCUUAUUUUCCCCCCCUAUCAA